CGGGUGUGGUUCACGUAGCGACCACUCCCGCGGUUGAGCCUGCGUGCUUAGCGCGUUGUGAUUGGUCAGUGUUUUCAAUUAAUAAUUCAAAAACUAAGGUUUAAUGAGCAUUGUAGUAAAAGAAAAAGUUCUUCAAAAUCACCCCAGCUACCAUCACCUGCAAGGAUGUCCACCCCUACUUGAACACCCUCUGCAUAUUUUGGAAGAAACACGGAACCUAAAGGAAAAAAUAAAGCAACAAAUUAGAAGAAAUUGAAAAAGAAGAUAAAAAAUGCGCUGAGAUAUAGAUGCUUCCUCAAGUUUAUUUUAAUUUCAAUUGUGUGUGUGCGUGCGUGGAAGGGAGAAAAGAGAAGAAUCGACGAGAUGGAUAGGACGGCAUCCAUCUGACCAGAACCAUUUUACGUGAGGAAGCGUGUUUCCUAGCAGGAAACGAGCCACUGCUCUGUGACAAAUGUUGAUAACGAACAACCGGAGGUGUCCCCUUUCGAAGGAUUAGUCUGAUAUCGAGGCAAUUAUCAAAGGUCUUCCUCGCCUUUUCGAACAAAUGGCUCGCCCUGGAAUCCCUGGCUCCCUUUCUUUUAUGGUAAUAAGAUCAGUUUUUUGGAAAUGGACUAUAGCAGAGUGAACAGAGUCGUCGUUCGAGAACGAGUGGAUCCUUAACCAGUGCUUCGUUGUGCCUCGUGACUUGAGUAAUUUAUUUCGUCUGGCAAUUAAUGAAUACCGAUGCACGAUGAAGGGUUGUCGGAGCGCAAGAAAUGUCCGCUCGGGCGCAAAAACGUCAACGCGUCGAGGCUGAGCUGGCAGAGAUCCUCCUGAAUGGAAGCGCGCGCUUCAAAGAGGGUGGUUGCAAGUGCGAGAGAAGCAGACGUUAGACUGGUGAAAAGGGCUACUAUCAACCCUUAACAAGCGUUCCCUUGUUAGUUACGGAAAAAAAUGAGGAGCUUUCUGUACGCGUUGUUGUCGUUGCUGUCGGUGGUGUGCAGCUUUCAAAGUGGAGGCGUAACUAGGGGUGGCAGUGGCAUACAAAUCGGCACCAGCGACAGGGGAACACAUUCCAAGGGAACAGGAUGGGGGGGACGCGGUCAUGGGGGAGUAAAACUUGGCGAGGGGAGAUUUCCAAAUUCUACGAGGCAAUUCCGAACUACCACAACCACACUUCCACCACCACCACCUAGAUCCACUCAUGCGCCGCAUUCUUCGGACGCGAACCAAUAUAACAUCACUUACCUGAGGGUAGGCAUGAUGGUACCACACAUGUCAUUCAAAGUGAGGGAGUACACAAAGGCGGUCACGUCGGCUGUCCAUUCGCUUCAAAAAAGCACUAGAAGCCCAAAAUUAAAACUUUUUGAACGAUACGACAUUCAUGUUAAGGUGGCGAUGAAGGCGAUGACACCCAGUCCCACUGCAAUUUUGGACUCGCUGUGCGAAGAAUUUUUACCAAUGAACGUGUCAGCCAUUCUGUACCUGAUGAACUACGAACAAUACGGUCGCAGUACUGCCAGUGCUCAAUACUUUUUGCAGUUGGCUGGCUAUUUGGGAAUUCCAGUAAUUGCUUGGAAUGCCGAUAAUUCGGGAUUAGAACGGAGAGCCUCGCAGAGUAACCUGCAGCUGCAAUUGGCACCUUCGUUGGAACAUCAAACCGCCGCGAUGCUGAGCAUCCUCGAGAGGUACAAAUGGCACCAAUUCAGCGUGGUUACCUCACAGAUCGCAGGACACGACGAUUUCGUGCAAGCUGUCCGAGAAAGGAUCUCCGACAUGCAGGACACCUUUAAGUUCACAAUAUUGAGCGCAAUCUUGGUCACCGAGCCGCACGAUCUUCUCGAGCUGGUUAACAGCGAAUCCAGGGUGAUGCUGCUUUAUUCGACCAGAGAGGAGGCCACCCAUAUCUUGACCGCCGCCCACGACUACAAAAUCACUGGGGAAAAUUACGUGUGGGUUGUGACGCAGAGUGUUAUCGAGAACUUGCAUACACCUAGCAAGUUUCCGGUCGGGAUGCUCGGUGUACAUUUCGACACCAGCACCGAGAGUCUGGUCAGCGAGAUCACAACAGCAGUGAAGGUUUAUGCAUACGGUGUUGAGGACUUCUUAAAAGAUGAAAAUAAUCAACAUCUCAGUUUAAAUACACAACUUAGCUGCAAAGAAAGCUUUGGCGAAUCUCGCUGGAACACUGGAGAUUUAUUUUUCAAGUAUUUGAAGAACGUCUCAGUUGAGGGUGACCAAGGAAAGCCGAACGUGGAGUUUACACAAGACGGUGUUUUAAAGUCGGCUGAACUGAAAAUCAUGAAUCUCCGUCCGGGUGUAAGCAAACAGCUCGUUUGGGAAGAGAUCGGUGUGUGGAAAUCAUGGGAGAAGGAGGGUCUGGACAUCAAGGAUAUCGUCUGGCCUGGAAACACCCAUACGCCUCCUCAAGGAGUACCGGAAAAGUUUUAUUUGAAAAUAACCUUCCUGGAGGAGCCGCCGUACAUCAAUCUCGCACCCCCGGACCCUGUGAGCGGAAAAUGUCUGAUGGAUCGGGGAGUUCACUGUCGAGUGGCCAAGGAGUCCGACAUGGUCGAGGUGGACAUCCAAUCGGCGCAGAAGAACGAGAGCUUUUAUCAAUGCUGCAGUGGUUUCUGCAUCGACCUUCUUCAAAAGUUCUCCGAAGAGAUAGGCUUCACUUACGAGCUCGUCAGGGUUGAAGAUGGCAAAUGGGGCACGCUAGAAAACGGUAAGUGGAACGGGCUGAUUGCGGACCUAGUGAACCGGAAGACGGACAUGGUGAUGACGUCCCUGAUGAUUAAUUCGGAACGGGAAGCCGUCGUUGACUUUACGGUGCCGUACAUGGAAACUGGAAUUGCUAUAGUGGUGGCGAAGAGGACUGGUAUAAUAUCUCCUACUGCCUUUCUUGAACCAUUUGACACCGCAUCCUGGAUGCUGGUUGGCAUUGUGGCUAUCCACGCAGCCACAAUCAUGAUAUUGCUGUUCGAAUGGUUGUCGCCUUCCGGUUUCAACAUGAAGGUAAACCCUUCAGGCGCUGCUCAGAUACUGAAAAAUCCAUCGCCCAACCAUCGAUUCUCUUUCUGUCGUACUUAUUGGUUGGUCUGGGCAGUAUUAUUUCAGGCAGCCGUCCAUAUCGAUUCUCCCAGGGGAUUCACAGCCAGAUUCAUGACGAACGUGUGGGCGUUGUUCGCCGUGGUGUUCCUCGCCAUUUACACUGCCAACCUGGCCGCCUUCAUGAUCACGAGGGAGGAGUUCCACGAAUUCACAGGGGUGGACGAUCACCGUUUGGCGAAGCCGUGGUCCCAUAAACCCAUGUUCAAAUUUGGUACCAUACCCUGGAGUCACACGGACAGCACACUCGCCAAGUACUUUAAAGAGAUGCACGCGUACAUGAAGAAGUUCAACAAGAGCAGCGUCGCCGAAGGGAUCGAGGCGGUUAUCAGUGGAGAAAUGGACGCCUUUAUCUACGAUGGAACGGUUUUGGAUUAUUUGGUUGCACAGGACGAGGACUGUCGAUUACUGACCGUAGGAUCCUGGUACGCUAUGACUGGAUAUGGUUUGGCAUUCUCCAGGAAUUCCAAAUAUUUGCAGAUGUUCAACAAACGUCUGUUGGACUACAGAGAUAACGGGGAUCUUGAACGUCUCAGGAGGUACUGGAUGACGGGUACCUGCAAGCCGGGCAAAGAGGUGCAAAAGAGCAGCGAUCCCUUGGCACUGGAACAGUUUUUAUCCGCGUUUCUCUUAUUGAUGAUGGGUAUCCUUCUGGCCGCGGCUUUUCUACUUCUCGAGCAUCUGUAUUUCAAAUAUGUCAGGCAGCAUCUGGCGCGAAGCGAUGGUGGCGGAUGUUGCGCACUUUUCAGCUUGAGCAUGGGAAAAUCGCUGACAUUCCGUGGGGCAGUUUACGAGGCACAAGAUAUUCUAAGGUACCACAGAUGCAGGGACCCCAUCUGUGACACCCAUUUAUGGAAGGUGAAGCACGAGUUAGACAUGGCGAGGAUCAGGAUAAGGCAACUGGAAAAGGACCUCGAGGCUCAUGGGAUAAAACCUAGCCACGCCAAGAGGAAAACCGGAAGUCUCGGCUGGUGGCGAGGAUGCUUUCAAAGCUCGGACCGCCAUUCACAACCGGAGUCAUUGGCGGUGGAAGCUCCGCAUCCGCUACCGCCAUACUUCGAUUCAUUCAUCGACGCUAUCGACGUGGCGAGGCCAAGGGACAUGACUAGGAACCACGUGGUCAGCACAGAGUAUUCCCAAAAAUUUUUGCCGACUGAGAUCUACAGGAUCCCGGACGACGGUGCAGCCAGAACGGAAAUCGCCGAGAUGGAAACAGUUCUGUGAUCUUAGAGAGCCGGCUACGAUUGCCCAACCCCUCAGGAAGCGUGUAGGAGUCCCGGAAGAGCGAAUCCAGUCGCUUCCCUAAUUUCGGACAACGAGUCAAUGCCUCGUGGCCUCGUCGAGGCUUCCCUCGUUACGAAACAAUCGGAUCGAUGGUGCACGACCAUCGUAUGAAGUUUCUGAACCAUCUAUGGACAGUCUUCGAAGAAGAUACGGGUGAACGUUCAGUGCCUACGAAGAAGAUGAAAAGAAAAAUGAAAAUCGAUCGUUCCCCCUUUCGAAUUAUUUCUGAUUGUCGAACUGUGGAUAUUGACGGUGCCAGAAAUGUGUACGGUGUUCAUGUUGUGAUUGCGUCCAAGUUCUGGGAUGCUGUUGGACGAUUUUUUCGAAUUUUAUGGUGUUUAUCAGAUUUUAGGAGAGCACCGUGUCGACGAACUAAGGAACGAAUUCCCCGUUGGGAUCGGACUGAAGAUUUCUUGAAGGAAUCUGAAAUUCUGCCCACGUUUUGUUGAAUAAGAAAGCAGCCGGGAGAUAAGGUUGGCAUUUUAUGGGAUUUGAAAUGGGUUGCUUGAAUUAUUAGGCUGUUGUAUAUUAAAUGGCUGAUUUUCGAUGGUGGACAGUCUAAAGAGAAAAGUAUCGUUAAAUAAUAAUUAUGCCAUAUCAAUUCAAAGCUUAAUGUUUAAUAUAAAUUACUAUAUAAAUGUUUUAUUAAUGGUUGAUUGUCAAUUGCAACAUGCAAUGAAUUAAAGUGAAAUUUUAUAUAUGUACUUUUCUUCUUUCUUUUAAUUUUAAUUAGGAGAUUUUGUGAUGAAUAGAAAGUAUAAUUAUUGAAAAACUUUGUAAAUAAAUCGGCCAUUUCGUUUACAAUAACCUAAUAUCAGUUGGAUUUCGAAGUAAGAAAAAUUGAAAGAUAUUAAUCGUGAAUCGAGUAAUUUUGUGAACAUAAGAACGCUUUACUAUUAUAUUUUAUUAUUUCCUCUCUUCGACGUAGGUGUCGUUCGAACGACAGUCAUUGAAAUGAAAAUUAAUGUAUACAUUUUUUAAUAAACUUAAGGGAAAGGAUUUUUCUUAUCGUUGAAACGUUACUCGGUUUCGAGGAAUCCAAUUGUCAUAUAUUCAAAUGAAAUUUUGAGAAUGUAAUCGUGGAUUUUCAUAUACUCGACGAAUACAUCGUUCCAUUUCAACAAUUCGAAAACUGCAUAUUGACUUUGCAGCUUGAUAACGCCAGUAAAAUGAAAUUCCAAUCCUUUAUUAUUAUUAUUUGAUAGCAGGUGAAAAGUAAUUUCAUGAGAAUCGAUGAAAGAAAAUUAUUCAGGCAGCAACAAUGCAAUAGAUAGUUAUUGAAAUUCCGAAAUCUUUUGAGAAUCUCGUUGAAAUUUUGUACUAAACUUUGGUCCCUCUUUGUUUUUUUUUGCAAAAAGAAAAAUAAAUAGGGCGCACAUUCGAGCCAACGACAGUUCGUCAAAACGAACUUUAAGGUGAGCAAAUCGUUGCUAAACCAAUCGACAUCUUGAUGGAAAAUGUCAAUGUGUACCAUAAAUGAUGUAACUAUGGCAUUCGAGUAUGUCAUAUAUACAUAUAUACAUAUAUACAUAUACAUUAUAUUUAAUACGUAAUGUACACACGAGAUACUAUUACACGUUAAGUAUGUAUAUUGUGGUAAACAAUGAAAUAUUCUAAAAGAAACCCACUUCGAGGACGUAAUAUGCUCAACAAAAUGUACACGUAAUAAAAUUCACCGGGUGUUUACGA